UGCAGCUUUUCGCUUUUCCUUGGCGUCCCUACAUCCUAUCUCAGCCUCGUCGUCAGGCUUGGUCAGUCCUGGUAUGAAAGUGCGCGUUUGUUCAUCGCAAUUUUUGUUAUCGAGUUAAAACGCGUAGUUUGAUAUUUUUUUCUGAGACAAGAAUUCUUCGCGAUAUUAAGUUUACUCUUCCCCAUAUGCAUUUUCUUUUUUCUUCUCAUCACUUCAAUUCAAAGCAAUAAAGGCCGCACCUUAAUCAGUCGGUGUCAUUUUAAGGACUGAUAUCAUUCAUACAAUACGACAAUACAUAUUUGAAAGUAAAAAUAUUCGAAGGAAUUCAGGUGAAAGUAAGCAUCGUUUCUCGAACAAUGGAACCCUUCGUCCAACGUAUGUUAGAACGUGCUAAAGCACGGAGAGAGAAGUUGGAUGAACAAUUAGUUAACGCAGGACAUGAUGUUAAAAGAAGGAGUCCUUUGAAAGGAAAUGUUCAGCUGAAACAAAUAACAGCAGUGAAAGCAACAAAUGCGGCAAAUGAAAAUUCAUUUAAAUCACCAAAAGUAAUUGCAACCGAAUCUCCUAAUACAUUGUUUUUGUCUGAAAAUAUAUCUAAGAGUAAUGAACAAGACAAUAAAGAAAAUGAUGAAUUUGUAACUUCUAAUGUGCGUUCUAAAUUGCAGAGACUUGGAAAACUAUAUUCUGAAGAUAAUAAUCUUGGGUCUCCUAUACAUAGAACUGAAGAAAAAUUUAGUGCAGAAGAAAAUGAUACUGAACAGAAACCGAUUAAAAGAGGUGCUAGACUUGAUAGAUUAGCAGCUUUAGCUUCAACAAUCAACAAUUGGGAAGAUGAUUUAUCACAUCCAACAUUAAAUAAUUCAAAGAUUAAACCAGUAAAUAAAGCAGAAAGAAUACAAGCCAAGUUUAACGAACAAGUUAAAAGCACAGAACCACAACCAAGCACGAGUAAAAGUUGCAAAUUGAUUGCUGUCAGUAAUGAGACAAAAAGCAAAAAUACAAGUCCAGUUAAACAGUUAAAAUUGGAUAAAACUGUAUUAGAAAAUUUGGAGGCUCAAGGCUUUAGUCGUACGGAAAGCAAUUCUCGCCUUGUGUAUGACUAUAAGCAUUGUUCUCAGGAAUCAACAAAAGCGACAAGUCAUUUAUCACCUAAGAGACUCACGAAUAAUGAUAAGGUGGAAAAGAAACAAAUUUCGCUUGAGAAAUUUGAUGGUUCCCCAAGAAGCAAGAAAGCUGAGGAUGGUAUUGGUAAUUCGGUUUCUAAUACUCCCGAAAAUAUUGUAAAAGGCACAAAUACCACUAGCAGUUCUCGAUUACCAUCUAGAACUGGAUUUAACGGUUCGCCAAAAACUUUGAUCCAACCAUCAGGUUCAGUAUUAAGCAAAGCAUCAAUGUUUGAGGCUAAAAACAUGGAUACAAAGGCAAAAGAUCCUGCUCAAAUGUCGGUCGCUGAGAGAACGGCAUUUUUUGAGCGAAACAAAGGAGAGGCGCCAUUAAUACCAAAAGCACCGCUUACGAUGUCGAUACCGCCUAAAAAAUUACAAGAGAAUAAUAAACUUAAUACGCAAUCAGGAUCUAAUGUAAGUAAUUCGGAUGUGAAUAAUCGAAAUGUUGAUGCUCCAAACAAAAGCUGCUCGGUUUUUGAACAACGCGCAGUGUUUGAACAAGGCAACAAUAAAAACAAAGUAGAAGAUAUGGAAAAUCAUAUCUUAGCUACUAAUACCGAAAGACAGCGUGAGUUAAAUAUGCUGCGUUCGCGUUUUAAUAAUAAUAAGGAGAUUGCUCGUGCUGCUGCUAAAUCCUGUGUUCGAACGAGCGAAAGUAGCGAAGGAGGUGGCAAAUCAUCCUCACCGAAAAGUUCGCCCAUUUGUCCAGUGAAACCGACUCCUGCUCCGGAUCAUGUCACCCCACCUCCACCACCGCCACCACCACAGCCUGAGAUCGUGUCAUAUCAGAGUAAAUCUCCGAUAAAAAGACAAGUUGUUGGAAGUCCACCUAAGGUUCAACAUUUGAAUAGAGUAUUCCGUGAUCCCGAUGUUAAACGUAUCCGUGUGUGUAUUCCAAAACCAGGAUCCCUUUACCCUAAUUUAUCUGAGAUCGAAGCUACAGAAAGCGGAAGUAGUUCAGAAUAUACAGUUGAUAGUACCGAGCCUGUGACAGCUACUCUUGAUGAGGAAACUGAAACUGAAACUGAAAGCGAAACGGUGACCGAAGCCGAUUAUUACAUUCAGAAUGAUGAAACUGAUCACGAGACCUCUGAAAGUGAUCGAGAAAGCACACAGACUUCAUCUAUCGGGCGUACCAGUUUAGGACGUACUAUUUUGAAUGCGUUCGAUGAACGUUCAUUGUUCCAUAAAAAGAGAUCUAUGGAAUCAGAUCCAGAUAGCACUACAUCUGAUAUUUCAGCAUUGGAUGAAAUGGAUCAAUAUUUGGACGAAUGUUUUGAAAUGGAAGAUAAUAAUGUGAAAGAGGAAGGUCCAACACCAGCAAAAGUAAAUAAAGGACGGAAGAGUCUGCUGACACCGUGUAAUAGUUUCAAAUAUCGUUCACCUUUAAAAGAUGCAGACAAAUUAGAAAAUAGUGGUGGCAAAUGUAUACCAUUAGUACGCACUGUUAGUGCAUACAGACGAGAGCAGUUUCAGUUAGCUAAGGCUUAUUCAUCCACAAGACCAGAAGAAGCGGGAUCAGAUCCAUAUGAUACAGAGAAAUGUGAAGACGAAUCGGUAUUAGUGGAUAAUAAAGUGAAAAAAUUAUUGGACGAAGUUGUUACACAAAACAAAAAAAUAGAAGAAGCUAGCAAAGCAUUAAAUUUAUGCAAAGCUAGUAUAGAAUUUAAUGGCUCUAGUGAGCAUGUCGGAGGCGAAUGGGCUCUUCUUGUUGCUACUCGUAAACGACAAGCUGCGCUGAAUGAAGUGCAAAGACUCAAACGGGAAGGCACGCUAAGGCCAGUCAAAGCAGGCUCACCAGAUAUGGGAAGUGGAGCUUUAUCUAUCUCAGCGAUUACAUUAUCUCUGAAACCAGAAUAUAUUCGACAUAUGGGUUUUGAUAAAUAUCUUCACUGUGUUUGCUUGAUGUAUCACUUGGGCGAAAUUAUUGCCACUCAAGCAGCUACUGCUGAACCAGGCGACUCAUGCAUUCGAUUCACUUCGAUGCUGAAGUUCGAAAAUUUACAUAGUGACUUUGAAAUUGAUAUUGAAGUAUAUUCCUUGCAGACGCAACCAAAAUUUUUGCCACAUGAAAAGAAAUAUCAUAUCAAUCAUCAUAAUAUAAAAGCGAUGAAUAAGACGCCAAAGAAAAAAAAUCAAUUUGUAAUACCAGAUAUACAGAGUCCAGCUGGACCGCAUGUAAUCAGAUCACCUGCUUUUGAAUUGUCUGGGACUGCGACUAUUACGAUCAAUGAUAUAAAUUCCGAACAAUUCGCUCUGUAUGGGAUUUCGUCGCAUUCUCCUCUGGAAGGACUCUUACGAAUGCGUGUAUCACGCAAACUUUCAGUAUCAAUAGAGCAUCGUGGAUUUUUGACACUAUUUGAAGAUGUCUCGAACUUGGGUGCAUGGUGUCGAAGAUGGUGCUGGCUCAAAGAUGCUAGACUUUAUUUUUGGGUACAUCCUGAGGACGAACACAAGAAAAAUCCGAUAGGAUAUCUAAAUUUGGAAGGUGUACUUACGAAGAAUGUACAAUUCGUAAAUCGAGAGAAAUGCGCUCGUCCUUUCACAUUUGUACUCGAGACAUCCAGACCAGCGCAACCUGGAGAUCAUGAUAGUCUCGUUAUGAAGACGAAUGGAAUUGAAACCACAAUAGAACACUUUUUAUUAGCUGACACAAAAGAAGAAGGAUUACAAUGGAUGUCGAAAUUGAACAAAACUCUAAAUUUAAUUAGAGCUUGGGGACUUAGAAAUUCUGUUUAAACUUGUCAAUUUUAAGCAACGUAUUCAGGUACGUUUAAAUGGAUUUUUGUGGUAAGAGACAAGCAAUGAUAUAUGAUAUAUUAUUUUUCGGAAUAUAAGAUAAAAUGCUUUGUUUAUAUAUGUCAUACUCAGUAAAAGAAAAUUUGACUCGUCAAGUUUAAACACAUUGUAUUUGCAUUUAUCAAAUUUAAAUGGUACAAAUGUUUAAAUAUAAAUGAUGCAAGUAUUAAGGUAUGGAACAUAGACUAACUUUAGAUCAAGCUUGAAUUUUCAUUAGCAAUAUGUUUUAUGUAUUUGUUACAAAUAAUGAAUUAUUUUAAUAUAAUUGUUGAAUUGAUUCAUUAAUCGAUUCAUUAAUUGAUUUUUUAAAUAAUUGAUUAAUUAGAUGAUUUUUUAUCUUAUACAUAUAUAAACAUAAUCUAUAAAACAAAAACAUUUAAUUAAAUAUAUACUUAGUAAUCAUUUUUUGAUAAUC